AUGUUGUACAGUAAACGAACAUUUUCGGCAUAUUUUACUUUUUUAUUUCGUAAAGGAAAGAAAGCUGCUGAGGCUUACAAAGAGAUACGUGAAGUUUAUGGUGUUGAUUGCUUAACAGAGCGCACGUGUCAGAAUUGGUUUAAAAAAUUCCGUUCUGGAGAUUUUUCCCUCAAAGAUGAGCAACGUUCUGGUCGACCUACUGAAGUUGAUGAUGACCAAAUCAAAGUCAUAAUUGAAGAGGAUCGUCAUAUAACUGUUCGAGAGAUUGCAGAAAGGUUAAAUGUAUCGCAUACAACAGUUGAAAAACACUUAAAAUGUAUUGGACUCGUUAAGAAACUCGAUAUUUGGGUACCGCAUGAAUUGAAAGAGAUUCACUUAACACAACGAAUCAACAUUUGCGAUAUGCACCUUAAGCGCAAUGAAACCGACCCUUUCUUGAAAAGAAUCAUCACUGGUGAUGAAAAAUGGGUCGUCUACAGCAACAUCAUUCGAAAACGAUCAUGGUGCAAGCACGAUGAAGCAGCACAAACCACAUCGAAAGCUGAAUUGCAUNAAAAAAAAAUCAUGCUGUCAAUUUGGUGGGAUUACAAAGGUGUUGUAUAUUUUGAGCUACUUCCAAGAAACCAGACGAUCAAUUCAGACGUUUACUGUCAACAACUUAUGAAACUGGAUGAAGCAAUCAAAGAAAAACGGCCAGAAUUGGCAAAUCGGAAAGGAUUAGUGUUCCACCAUGAUAAUGCAAGGCCUCACACAUCUUUGGCAACUCGCGGAAAAUUAUUGGAGCUUGGUUGGGAAGUGAUGCAACAUCCUCCAUACAGCCCUGAUCUGGCACCAUCUAAUUACCAUUUAUUUCGAAGUUUGCAGAAUUCUUUGAAUGGUAAAACUUUCACAAAUGACGAUGACCUUAAAUCGCACUUGGUUCAGUUUUUUGCUGAUAAGGACCAGAAAUUUUAUGAGCGCGGAAUCAUGAAGCUGCAAGAAAGAUGNCAAAAAGUCAUUGAACAAAAUGGAAAAUAUGUAAUUGAUUGAAGAUUAUUCUUUGUAUUAAAAAAAUGAGUUUUAUUUCAUAUUACAAAACCGAAAUUACUUUGUUGCCAACCAAUAAUUAAUAAUCGAAGAUAAGGAAUUUAUUUGUCUUGUAAAAACAAAACAAGGUGGUUAGAGGUGACCUCGCAUCAAACGUCACGCGAAAAGUGUUGCGUCAUGAAUUUUCAGCGAAAAAGUAGAGUUUGCACGGUUGGAAACGUAUGUUUGCGUGGCUCGCACUUGUUGUUGACACCGACGCGGCUGCUAGAAACUCAAAUUGAGAUCUAUGCGACAUCCGAUCUGGCGACAGUCACCGAUGUGUUUGAUUUGAUUUCAAAUUUCGAUUUUCGUGUGUCACACGAUUAAUUUCUUUUUCGCGAGCGUGUCCUUUAGAUUAACCGCAACUAGUUGAGAGCAAAGGUUUUUUUUUUUUAAUUAUAAAAACAUGAUCACGGCCGAUAAGAUGGAGAUAAAUUUAACGCGGCCCAUCGUGUUGCGUAAAUACUGGAA